AUGACCACCGUGCGAACCAUACUAGCUCUGGCUGCAUCUCAGUCAUGGCCUUUACAUCAAAUGGAUGUUACGAAUGCAUUCUUACACGGUGAUCUGAAGGAGCAAGUUUACAUAAAACUUCCUUUUGGUAUGUCUACUCCCUCACAUAAUAUUAUUUGCAAAUUAAAUCGCUCUUUAUAUGUCUUGAAGCAGGCACCACGUGUCUGGUUUGAAAAGUUCCGAUCUACUCUCCUUGGAUUUUCUUUUACACAAAGUCAGUAUGACUCCUCGCUGUUUCUCCAAAGAACAUCCAAGGGUAUCACUAUCCUCCUUGUUUACGUUGACGACAUCCUUCUCACUGGUCUCGAUAUGGAGGCAAUCUCCAGAAUUCAGAAUUUGUUGCAUUCUGCUUUUCACAUGAAGGACCUCGGUCAACUGACCUAUUUUUUAGGAUUAGAGGUGCAUCAUCGGCCUCAAGGAAUCUUCUUGAAUCAACACAAGUAUAUUCAAGAUUUAGUUAAUUUGGCUCGCCUAAAAGACGCUACAUCUGUUGAAACUCCAAUGGAAAUUAAUGUGAAAUAUAGACGUGACGAGGGAGAGAUCCUCGAGGAUCCUACUUUAUAUCGGAAGUUGGUUGGUAGUCUUAUCUAUCUUACCAUCACUAGACCAUACAUCUCUUAUGUUGUCCAUACUGUUAGCAAAUUCAUGCAAGCCCCACAACAUCUCCAUCUAUCUGCGGUCCGACGCAUCAUUAGGUAUGUCCUUGGCACACCUAGUCGUGGACUACUGUUUCCUCGUGGUUCUUCACUACAACUACAAGCUUACACCGAUGCUGAUUGGGCAGGCUGCCCGGACACUAGGAAAUCUACUACUGGAUGGUGUAUGUUUCUAGGAGAUGCUCUUAUCUCUUGGAAAUGUAAGAAACAAGACUCAAUUUCCAAAUCCUCUACUGAGGCAGAAUAUCGGGCCAUGUCUGCUGCAUGCUCUGAGGUCAUUUGGCUACGAGGUCUCCUUACAAAGCUUGGUAUCCCACAAGUUCAACCUACUCCUUUACAUGGAGACAACACCAGUGCAAUACAAAUUGCUGCCAACCCAGUCUACCACGAGCGCACGAAACACAUAGAGGUUGACUGUCCACCACAGGGCUCCUUGAAUCUGAAACUUGGACCUCCUUUACGUGGUAGAAACUUCUUUCAAAUUUUAAACAAGCGGUGA